AAAAGAGAAAGACCCUGUGGUAUUUACUUCAGUGUCUCUCUAGAGGAACGAACAGAAACAUUCAUCUGUGCAUAUGGAGCUUUGAAUUAAUAAGUGGCAUCUGUUUUUCAUCUGUGCGUUCAAUUGAAUAGACAGAAGCAGCAGGGGAGAAGAAGAGAGUUUUGCAGUAUGUUCUCCUCCGUGAAGCCCUAUGAAGGGCAACAGUUUUCAGCCCUGAGGAAGCAGUGCCAGCAGAACAGAAGUCUGUUUGAAGACCCCCUCUUCCCCACUGUGGACCAGUCGCUCUUCUACAAGGGGAACCGCAUCGGAAAAGUCACAUGGAAGAGACCAAAGGACCUGUGUGAAGAUCCUCACUUGUUUGUGAAUGGUAUUAGUGCCCAUGACCUGCACCAGGGGCAGCUGGGUAACUGCUGGUUUGUGGCGGCAUGUUCCAGUCUGGCCUCCAGAGAAGCUCUUUGGCAGAAAGUUAUCCCGGAUUGGAAAGAUCAGGAAUGGGACAAGGAGAAACCGGAGAACUAUGCUGGAAUCUUUCACUUUCGGUUCUGGCGUUUUGGAGAGUGGAUAGACGUCGUUAUUGAUGACCGACUGCCAACCGCCAAUGGGCAACUCAUCUAUUGCCACUCAAAUGACAGUAAUGAGUUCUGGAGUGCCCUGGUGGAGAAAGCCUAUGCCAAGUUGUAUGGCUGUUAUGAGGCUUUGGAUGGUGGCAACACAGCCGACGCUCUCGUGGACUUCACUGGGGGAGUAUCCGAACCCAUGGAUUUGCUGGAAGGCAAGUUUAGUCAGGAGGAGGAGGCCCGAAAUCAGCUGUUUGAGCGGGUUCUAAAGGUCCACAACAGAGGAGGCCUGAUCAGCUGCUCCAUUAAAGCAACCAGUCAGGCAGACAUGGAGGCCCGUUUAGACUGCGGUCUGGUCAAAGGUCACGCUUAUGCUGUAACAGACGUGCGGAAGGUGCGAUUGGGCACCGGUCUGCUUGCGUUCUUCAAAUCAGAGAAGCUGUCCAUGAUCCGUAUGCGAAACCCGUGGGGACAGAGAGAGUGGAAUGGAGCUUGGAGUGACAGCUCAGAAGAGUGGAAGAAAGUCAGUAAGAGUGAACGAGAGCGGUUGGGUGUGACCGUGCAGGAUGAUGGGGAGUUCUGGAUGGAUUUUGAUGAUUUCUGUAAGUACUACACAGAUCUGAUUUUGUGCCGCUUGAUUAAUACAUCGUACCUGAGCAUCCACAAGACCUGGGAAGAGGCAGUGAUGCGGGGCUUGUGGAGUCACCAUGAUGACCCUUUAAGGAAUCAGUCAGGAGGCUGCAUCAACCACAAAGCCACCUUCCUUCAGAACCCACAGUAUGUGUUUGACGUGACAAAGGCAGAGGACGAGGUUUUGAUUUGUCUACAGCAGCAGGACAGAAGAGCUCGACCCAAAGAAGGCAAAGGAGAAAACAUGGCCAUCGGCUUUGAUAUCCAGAGAGUUGAGCUCAACAGGAAAUACCGUAUGCACACCAUUCAGAAGACUGUGGGAAGCUCUGUCUACAUUAAUUCCCGCAGUGUUUUUGUGCGGAAAGACCUGAAGGAGGGUCGUUAUGUCAUCAUUCCCACAACCUUUGACCCCAGCCUGCAGGGAGACUUCCUGCUGAGGAUCUUCACAGACUUACCUUCAGACUGCAAGGAGCUGACUCUAGAUGAACCGCCCCAAACCUGUUGGACAGGGUGCUGUGGAUAUCCAAAACUGGUAACACAGGUGCACAUCCACCGAGCUGAGGGACUCAAGGCCCAGGACUCCGAUGGAUCAUCUGACCCUUACGUUAUCAUCAGCUGUGAAGGAGAGAAGGUUCGUUCUCCAGUGCACAAAGACACACAAAGCCCAGAUUUUGACGUGAAGGCUAUUUUCUACAGGAAGAAACCGAAAGAGCCGAUCCACAUUCAGAUUUACAACAAAAACAUUCUGAAGGACUCGUUCAUGGGUCAGGUGACCUUGAGCGGUGACCCCUCUGACCUGCAGCAGCUUCACACCGUUCACCUGAGGGACAAAGGAAAUCGCCAGAACAACGACCUCCCGGGCCUCCUAUCAGUGAGCCUUGUUACCAGCGACGUCCUGACGAACAUCUGACAUAAUUUGGGCUGAGCCUGUCUCGGUAACUGUAUGCAUGUCGACCACAUUACAGUGAGCGCAGUGGUUUGUCAAACUUUCUUGCACCUUUUAGGCACUUGAUAUGGUGUUUAUACAUGCUUUUUUCCCCUCAUUUGGUAUACAAUGUCCUUUUUGAGGAUAUUUAUGUUUGCCAAAUUGGAAGCAAAAUCAACUUGUUUACUUGUUACAAGGUCUUUGCAACUUAAAGAUGAUGUAUUCUGGUAUUAUUGCCUUUCUAUUGUUUUGUCUUGGGAAUUAUACAUUUCAAAAUAUCAGUGUAUUAUACAAUAUGCAUCUAUAUCAGUAUAUAAAUCACUUACAGUAUAUAUCUAAUACCACUAUUCAGGUAAGUUUAGAUACUGUAUGUAAUUUCUGCUGUUGUAAUAUAACCUAUUUGCUAAUCAAUCUGUCUAUAUUUGUUUUGAGCUUUGUUCACAUUAAAUGAUUAUAUGUGGAGGGAUUUUUUAUUUGCCAUAAUAUUUCAGUCAUGCUAUGUUGCUUUUACAUACCUGUUACACGUUGCUUUUUUUUUGUAUACUGUCUGUGCUAAAUAACCAAAGACAUCAGAGUAUAUGUCAUGAUUUCUGUCUAUUCCAAAUUAAAUGAGUGCUUUUGAUGUACAUGUUUUUUUUUCCAGAGUUCAUGGCUCUGAAUUCUUAGGAACAUUGAGCCAAAAGUUAAGAAGUCUAGCAGAGCCAUAUGGUUUUAGCAUUACCUCUUUAAAACCUAGUUUUGUCCCCUUAUAAAUUGCAUGUUUCCAUUGGGCAGCCAUAUGAGAGGUUAUCAAUACAACACAGUAUAAUGCCCAAUAGUGACCACGAGGUGUCAGUACGCUGUAAGAGAAAGGAGUAUCUCACAGUAGUGUUGUAGUAUUUUACCUUUAUAAUGAAUUGUCCUUAAAAUGGUCAUUUUUGCAUGUUAUUGGAAAAAUUUUGUUUACUGGUGUUUGAUAGUUUCAAAAAACAUCAUAAGCAUAGUUCCAUAAAACAAAAUCAUUCUAAAAUAUUUAAUAAGAGAUUUAGUGAGGAGUCUCCUAUAAUUAAAAUAUCAAGUCUCCUUUUAAAAAGAGAAAUACUAUAAGGAGUUUAAUGGUAAGGUUAAUGUUAUUGUGUCAGAAUGUAUCUUAAUAUGAAUGCGGAAAAACAAACAUUUUUAAUACAUAUGUGCCAUUUUGCAAUCACUCUGAACCGUUUUCAUUUUCUUUCUUUCGUUUGAAGUUUUACAUGUAAUGCCUUUGGUCUUGUUUACAGAUAGUGCCUUACCAGGUGAAAUAGCCUAUGAAAACAUCUUUUAAUUUUAUAAGCAUUUAGACAUAUUCUGUAUUGCAUGACUGUUUUAUUGUCACUCAGGUUUAUGCAAUUCACAUAACGAAAUAAAGCAUUUAUCAUUAAAAUUGA